GAGCUUCCGGUCUGAAAGGAGGUGUGACCGUGACGGGAUGAUUUUCGGCUGCCAUCGCUCAGCCGAACAAUCUGGAGAAACAAUUCAAGUGUGUGUUGGAGGUCUACAAAAACAGGUAUCCCAAUACGUGCCUAAUAAAUCAACUAAAUUAAUGAUUGCAUGUAAUGUAUUUAUACACAAUCUUUCGAGUGCAUUAUUUCCAACCACACAUGGAGGCCUCCAUUGCUAGUUAGCUAGCUAGCUAACAUUAGCUGAAUGGCUGGCUAGUUAAAAAAAAGAGCUAAGGUUAGCUAACCGGCUAGGUAGCUCAUGUUAGUGGGCCAGCAAUCAUUGCGCUUAGUAGCUAGCAAUUUGUGGCAAAUUCAGGAAGCUAAAACGUAUUUUCUGCAGACAUGGUGUUUUAAGUCUGCAAAAUAAAUCUCGCCUUACUAGUAUAACUAGGUAAUGUUAGCUAGCGUGCUACACUUGUCCCUUUAUGAAAACGGUGUUCACCAUGUUGUUUUGGUUGCGCUACAGUGCCUUGUACAAUAGGUGUUGACUAACGGUGAAAUGCUUACUUACGGGCCCUUCCCAACAAUGCAGAGAGAAAUAAUAACACGAGGAAUAAAGACACAAUGAGUAACGAUAACACUUGUCUAUGUACACGGGGUACAAGUACCGAGUCGAUGUGCAAGGGUACGAGGUAGAUAUGUACAUAAAGGUAGGGGUAAAGUGACUAGGCAACAGAAUAGGUGAUAAGCAGUAACAGUGGUCCUCUGUAGCUCAAUUGGUAGAGCAUGGCGCUUGUAACGCCAGGGUAGUGGGUUCGAUCCCCGGGACCACCCAUACGUAAAAAUGUAUGCACACAUGACUGUAAGUCGCUUUGGAUAAAAGCGUCUGCUAAAUGGCAUAUUAUUAUUAUUAUUAUUAUUAUAACAGCAGCGUAUGUGAUGAGUCAGAAGACUUUGCAAAAGGGGGUCAAUGCAGAUAGUCGUGGUAGUUAUUUGGUUAAUUAUUUAGAAGUGUUUUGGUUUGGGGGUAGAAGCUUUUCAGUGUCCUGUUGGUUCCAGACUUGGCAUCUGUACCGCAGUAGCAGAGAGAACUGUCUGACUUGCAUGGCUGGAGUCAGUGACCAUUUUUAGGGCCUUCCUCUGACACCGCCUGGUAUAGAAGUCCUGAAUGGUAGGGAGAUUGGCCCCAGUGAUGUACUGGGCCGUAUAUACUACCCUCUGUAGCUCCUUGCAGUCAGAUCCCAAGCAGUUGCCAUACCAAGCGGUGAUGAAGGCAGUGAAGAUGCUCUCAAUUGUGCAGCUGUAAAACUUUUUGAGGAUCUAAGGGACCAUGCCAAAUCUUUUCAGCCUCCUGAGGGGGAAGAGGCAUUGUCGUGCAUUCUUCACGACUGUUGUUGUGUUGGAUCAUUCCAUGUCAUUUCAUCAAACCAUGACACCCACCAUCUCAUAUUGUUCUGAAAUUGUUUCUGUAGUUAGAAACAGAUAAGAUUAGCAUUCCUGAAACAUUAUUUUGUUGUAAUCUAAGUUAAUCUCUGAGAAAUUAAGCUAAUUGAUUGCACCCAAAUUGGCCUUUUUAAUUUAUAGGAUUCACAUAAUAUUCAACAAAUAUAGUACCCAACAUCCGAUUAAGACCACACUUCUUCCUACCAUUGUCCAAUAAAAUUGUCAAAAGCCACCCACGGACCCCCCCCCCCCCCCCCCACACCACAAAACAAUUCCACUCCAACAACUAGUAUGCAGGAUCAGUUCUCUAUGUCUGACAAGUAGUAUGGAGCUGCGGAUUCAUCCUUUGUAAUGGUCUCUUGUGUUUAUUAAAUGGAUCACAACAUUUUCUUUGCAACUUUGGGUAGAAAACCAAUAGCUUUUGCUCAAGAUGAAAAUACAUGUGGUCAAUUGUGUGGUAAAGCCAGUCCUCCAUGAAAGCAAUUCAGUUUGUCCUUCUCUUAGCAACCUAAUGCUUCAACACAACUCUCCUUGAAUAGACCAACAAAUGGAAGCUCUCUGAAACGUGCUAUCUGUAUGGUGCAAUUUUCAUAUGAAGACUUUUCCUACAAGCACAGAACUUUAAUGAAGAAAUGGGCUAGUGACUAAAAUGUUGCGACAACCCUAAUAAAAUAAUACAAUUAUAAACCAUUGCAUUGCAGUCAUGUUUUUCAAUAAAAUUAUUACUAAUAUGUGAUUAGUACCUUUAAACCCAAUACCAUUACAAAACACUAUACAGUGUGUGUUUGGGAUUUUACCAUUGAAGACCAUUAGAGAACAUUUUAUUUUACCUUUAUUUAACUAGGCAAGUCAGUUAAGAACAAAUUCUUAUUUACAAUGACGGCCUACACCGGCCAAACCCGGACGACGCUGCGCCGCCCUAUGGGACUCCCAAUCACGGCCGGUUGUGAUACAGCCUUGAAUCGAACCAGGGGGUCUGUAGUGACGCCUCAAGCACUGAGAUGCAGUGCCUUAGACCGCUGUGCCACAUUGAAACCAUUAGAACUGCUGUAGGCUAAUGGUUUGCUUGUUCGCCAGGAAUGGUCUAACUAAUCCAUACCUUUUUUAAGGGGAAAAAACACAGGGACUGUUUCCUGGACACAAAUUAAGGCUAAGAGAAGGACAAACUGAAUUGCUUUCAUGGAGAACUGGCUUGAACUGUGAGAAUGACUGCACAAUUUAUUUUCAUCAUGAGCAAAAGCUAUUGGUUUUCUACCCAAAGUUGUAAAGAAAAUGUUGUAAUCCAUUUAAUAAACACGAGACCAGGGCUGGGUUUCCCAAAAGCAUUGCAGCACUAAGAUCAUCUUAAUUCCAUUGAAACUAAAUGGACGAAAGACUAUCUUAGUGCUACAAUGCUUUUGGGAAACCCAGCCCAGCAAAAUUGAUAAAAGUAGCAGGAACAAUGGAAUCUAGUGGGCAAAACGUGGUACUUUCACACCAGAUUCACAGGGGAAUUUGAGGAAGGCCCUCAAAAUUGUCAAAGACUCCAGCCACCCUAGUCAUAGACUGUUCUCUCUGCUACCGCACGGCAAGCGGUACCGGAGUGCCAAGUCUAGGUCCAAAAGACUUCUCAACAGCUUCUACCCCCAUGCCAUAAGACUCCUGAACAGCUAAUCAUGGCUACCCGGACUAUUUGCACUGCCCCCCCACCCCAUCCUUUUUACGCUGCUGCUACUCUGUUAAGUAUUUAUGCAUAGUCACUUUAACUCUACCCACAUGUACAUAUUACCUCAACUAGUCGGAGCCCCCGCACAUUGACUCUGCAACGGCACCCCCCUGUAUAUAUAGCCUCCCUACUGUCACUUUAUUUUACUUCUGCUCUUUUUUUUCUCAACACUUUUUUGUUGUUGUUUUAUUUUUACUUUUUUUGUUUAAAAUAAAUGCACUGUUGGUUAAGGGCUGUAAGUAAGCAUUUCACUGUAAUGUCUGCACCUGUUGUAUUCGGCGCAUGUGACCAAUAAAAUUUGAUUUGAUUUGAAUACAUUACAUAGUAUGAAUAAGCAAUACUUCAAGCACCAGCUCCAUACUACUUGUCAGACAUAGAGAACUGAUCCUGUAUACUGGUUUUUAGGGUGGGAUUGAUGCGGGCGGUCUGUGGAUGGCUUUUGAUAAUUUUAUUGGAUCCCUCAUGUCUUACUCAUUGUUAGGAAGAAUUAUAGUCCAAAUCGGAUGUUUGGUACUAUAUUUAUUGAAGAUUAUAUGAAUCCUAUAAAUUAAAAGGGCCAAUUUGAGUGCCAUCAUUCAGCUUAAUCUCUCAGAUCAAAUUAUAUUUUAACAAAAUAAUGUUUCAGGAAUGCUAAUGUUUCUAACUACAGAAACGAUUUCAGAAAGAUCUGAGAUGGUGGGUGUAAAUCCUCAGCCCCUUCGAUGUGGAUGGGGGCGUGCUCGGCCCUCCGUUUCCUGUAGUACACCAUCAGCUCCUUUGUCUUGCUGAUGUUGAGGGAGAGGUUGUUGUCCUGUCACCACACUGCCAGGUCACUGACCACCUCCCCUAUAGGCUGUCUUAUCGUCAUCAGUGAUCAAACUUAAUGAUGGUGUUGGAGUCGUGGGUGAACAGGGAGUACAGGAGGGGACUAAGCAUUCACCCCUGAGGGGCCCCCGUGUUGAGGGUCAGCGGGGCGGAUGUGUUGUUGCCUACCCUGCCAGGUCACUGAAUUGAAUGUUCAUUUCUCUACCAUAAGCCGCCUCCAACGUUGUUUUAGAGAAUUUGGCAGUACGUCAAACCAGCCUCACAACCGCAGACCAGCCCAGGACCUCCACAUCCGGCUGUUUCACCUGCAGGAUUGUCUGAGACCAGCCACCCUGACAGCUGAUGAAACUGUGGGUUUGCACAACCGAAUAAUUUCUGCACAAACUGUCAGAAACCGUCUCAGGGAAGUUCAUCCGCGUGCUCGUCGUCCUCACCAGGGUCUUGACCUGACUGUAGUUUGGCGUCAUAACCGACUUCAGUGGGCAAAUGCUCACCUUCGAUGGCCACUGGCACGCUGGAGAAGUGUUCUCUUCAUGGAUGAAUCCCGGUUUCAACUGUACCGGGCAGAUGACAGACAGCGUGUAUGGCAUUGUGUGGGCGAGCGGUUUGAUGAUGUCAGCGUUGUGAACAGAGUGCCCCAUGGUGGCGGUGGGGUUAUGGUAUGGGCAGGCAUAAGCUAUGGACAAUAAACACAAUUGCAUUUUAUCAAUGGCAAUUUGAAUGCACAGAGAUACUGUGAUGAGAUCCUGAGGUCCAUUGUCGUGCCAUUCAUCUACCUCAUGUUUCAGCAUGAUCAUGCACGGCCCCAUGUCAAAAGCAUCAGCUGAAAAUGUCCCAGUUCUUCCCUGGCAUGCAUACUCACCAGAAAUGUCACCCGUUGAGCAUGUUUGGAAUGCUCUGUAUCGACAGUACGACAGUGUGUUCCAGUUCCCGCCAAUAUCCAGCAACUUCGCACAGCCAUUGAAAAGGAGUGGGAAAACAUUCCACAUGCCACAAUCAACAGCCUGAUCAACUCUAUGUGAAGGAGAUGUGUCUCGCUGCAUGAGACAAAUGGUGGUCACACCAGAUACUGACUGGUUUUCUGAUCCACGCCCCUACUUUUUUUUUUUUAAGGUAUCUGUGACCAACAGAUGCAUAUCUGUAUUCCCAGUCAUGUGAAAUCCAUAGAUUAGGGCCUAAUGACUUUAUUUAAAUGGACUGAUUUCCUUAUACAGUGAGGGAAAAAAGUAUUUGAUCCCCUGCUGAUUUUGUACAUUUGCCCACUGACAAAGACAUGAUCAGUCUAUAAUUUUAAUGGUAGGUUUAUUUGAACAGUGAGAGACAGAAUAAAAACAAUAAAAUACAGAAAAACGCAUGUCAAAUGUUAUCAAUUGAUUUCCAUUUUAAUGAGGGAAAUAAGUAUUUGACCCCUCUGCAAAACAUGACUUAGUACUUGGUGGCAAAACCCUUGUUGGCAAUCACAGAGGUCAGACGUUUCUUGUAGUUGGCCACCAGGUUUGCACACAUCUCAGGAGGGAUUUUGCUCCACUCCUCUUUGCAGAUCUUCUCCAAGUCAUUAAGGUUUCGAGGCUGACGUUUGGCAACUCGAACCUUCAGCUCCCUCCACAGAUUUUCUAUGGGAUUAAGGUCUGGAGACUGGCUAGGCCACUCCAGGACCUUAAUGUGCUUCUUCUUGAGCCACUCCUUUGUUGCCUUGGCCGUGUGUUUUGGGUCAUUGUCAUGCUGGAAUACCCAUCCAUGACCCAUUUUCAAUGCCCUGGCUGAGGGAAGGAGGUUCUCACCCAAAAUUUGACGGUAUAUGGCCCCGUCCAUCGUCCCUUUGAUGCGGUGAAGUUGUCCUGUCCCCUUAGCAGAAAAACACCCCCAAAGCAUAAUGUUUCCACCUCCAUGUUUGAUGGUGGGGAUGGUGUUCUUGGGGUCAUAGGCAGCAUUCCUCCUCCUCCAAACACGGCGAGUUGAGUUGAUGCCAAAGAGCUCGAUUUUGGUCUCAUCUGACCACAACACUUUCAUCCAGUUCUCCUCUGAAUCAUUCAGAUGUUCAUUGCCAAACUUCAGACGGGCCUGUAUAUGUGCUUUAUUGAGCAGGGGGACCUUGCGGGCGCUGCAGGAUUUCAGUCCUUCACUGCGUAGUGUGUUACCAAUUGUUUUCUUGGUGACUAUGGUCCCAGCUGCCUUGAGAUCAAUGACAAGAUCCUCCCAUGUAGUUUGGGGCUGAUUCCUCACCGUUCUCAUGAUCAUUGCAACUCCACGAGAUGAGAUCUUGCAUGGAGCCCCAGGCCGAGGGAGAUUUACAGUUAUUUUGUGUUUCUUCCGUUUGCGAAUAAUCGCACCUACUGUUGUCACCUUCACACCAAGCUGCUUGGUGAUGGUCUUGUAGCCCAUUCCAGCCUUGUGUAGGUCUAGAAUCUUGUCCCUGACAUCCUUGGAGAGCUCUUUAGUCUUGGCCAUGGUGGAGAGUUUGGAAUCUAAUUGAUUGAUCGCUUCUGUGGACAGGUGUCUUUUAUACAGGUAACAAGCUGAGAUUAGGAGCACUCCCUUUAAGAGUGUGCUCCUAAUUUCACUCGUUACCUGUAUAAAAGACACCUGGGAGCCAGAAAUCUUUCUGAUUGAGAGGGGGUCAAAUACUUAUUUCCCUCAUUAAAAUGAAAAAUCAAUUUAUAACAUUUUUGACAUGCGUUUUUCUAGAUUUUUUUGUUGUUAUUCUGUCUCUCACUGUUCAAAUAAACCUACCAUUAAAAUUAUAGACUGAUAAUUUCUUUGUCAGUGGGCAAACGUACAAAAUCAGCAGGGGAUCAAAUACUUUUUUCCCUCACUGUAUGAACUGUAACUCAGUAAACUCAUUGUUGCAUGUUGGGUUUAUAUUUUUGUUCUGUGUAAUAUGGUAUUGGUUCUGUCCUGUCUCCUCACAGCCACCGUGCCCCGCCGCGGCCCCACCCCAAGCGGAGCUGUCAUGUGGCAGGAGGCCCGCAAACAUGAGCGCAAGCUGCGCGGCAUGAUGGUGGACUACAAACGCCGCGGCGAGCGCCGGCGAGAGUACUACGAGAAGAUCGUAAGUCACCCAGCGCAGUGUUUGUUUUGCUUUUCUUGUGCAUAGCCCAUUACACUAAUCAUCAACAUCUGCACAAGUUCAUAUAAUCUGGUAUUUUAGUGCUGGGCUGGUACUAAAGCCUUCACACCCUGUAGCUCUCCAAGACCAGGGUUGGUGAUUGCUGAAUGAGGAUUUACCUGCUCUCCUCUCCUGUCCUAUUCCUGUUCCCCCUUUCACCCUUUCCUGUCCUCUACAGAAAAAGGACCCGGCUCAGUUCCUUCAGGUUCAUGGCCGGGCCUAUAAGAUCCAUCUGGACUCAGCCAUAGCGCUCGCCGCAGAAAGCCCCAUCAACAUGUGAGGAGAGAAACACACAACAUGCAUACAACACACACAAGACACACGUACAUACGUGCCACCAUGUCUUACUCUUACAUGCACAAACAUGAUAUAACACAAAAAAAAUAUUUCUGCACACACUCACACCACUUAAGAAUACUAAUCAAGAUUUUAUAGUCCCGUGUAGCUCAGUUGGUAGAGCAUGACUAAAAUGUAAAUGUUAUGUUCUCUGUUGCUGCAGGAUGCCCUGGCAGGGAGAUGCCAACAACAUGAUUGACAGGUUUGACGUGAGGGCACACCUGGACUUCAUACCCACCUACACCCCUCCACUCCUCAACACAGCGUAAGUGUGACUGAGGUCUCUCCUUCAGACUGUCUACCUUAUUACGCCACUUAUAAUCAUACACACACAGGUUGAUUUGUGUUUGUUUGAUGAAAUGUGAUAUGAAUGGUCAAAUGUGUUACGUGGGACCACCGUUUUUCGUCCAACAUAUUGAAGUGUUCCGUUUCGGUUGCAGCACCCCAGAACAGGAGUCGGAGGAGAGGAAGUGCAACUAUGAGCGUUACAGAGGCCUAGUGCAGAACGACUUUGCCAGCAGUGAGUAUCCGCCGGUGUUGGUAUUGCCAUGUCUCUUGUGCCUCCCUCCCAGUGGGUAUAUUGUUUUUCUCAGUGCUCUGUGUUCUCUAACCUCCUGCUGUCCCUCUGCAGUCUCUGAGGAGCAGUGUUUGUACCAGAUCCAAAUGGAUGAGCUCUAUGGUGGCCUGCAGAGACCAAAUGAGGAUGAGAAGAAAAAGUUUGUCCUAUCCCAUCUUUUCACAAUCUCCACAUUCUCUAUUUAUGGCUUAUGUAAGUAUCCACUAAUUUACAGAUUGUUUAGAUUGAUUAUGAAUAAGCCCCUCCCUUUUGUUUAGGCUUGCUAAGGAGAAGGCCACCAUUGGCUACACGUACGAGGACAGCACUGUUACGGAGCCUGGGGAGGAAGAAGAGAAAGGGGAGGAGGAUGACUCUGAGAACAGCGAAUCAGAGGAGGACGAGGGCAUCCCAGACAUUGGUGAGUCCCCAUACCUUCUCACCCACACAAGUAUGAGUUGUUGGGUUGAAUGGACAUGGGGCUUGUUUGACAUUGCAGCCUACUGCCGACGGACUGAUCUACAAAUUACCUUGCAUCAAAAAUAAAAUAUGAUUUGUAGAUCAGUCACAAUUUACCCAUAAUGUGUCAUGUUGACCGCAAUGUUGAACAAGCCCAGUAAAUGGUCAUGUAUGUAGAAUGUGUGUAUGCAUUAUUUUCUGAUACCACUUUGUCGUGUGUGUUUCAGAUGUGGAGGUGGACGUUGACGAGCUCAACGCGGAGCAGGAGUUGGAUCUGAACAAGAUGGCCACCCCAUAUGGAAUGGCAGAGGGAGAUUUUGUCAGGUCAGUCUGCCUGCUCCCAUUAUAGGCUAUGUGUUUCGCUAAAUUGUAUGUGUUGAGAUUACAUUAUCGCUGGAGGCAAUGGAAAAAAGUAACAUUUUGCUCUUGGUCUUACAUUGCUUCAUGUUGCAUUUUAUGUUUUUUUGCAUUUUAUGUUUCUAGUAAAUGACCAGUUGCUUUCAUAGCGUAUUUUUAACAAAGGUAAAACAGUAAAAUGUUUUCUGUUGUGCACACUGUGUGUUAACUGGCUGACUGUUUGACAGGAUGCUGAGGAAAGACAAGGAUGAGGUGGAGGCCAUUAAACACGCCAAGGCUCUGGAGGCAGAGAAGGCCAUGUACUCGGUAAGAAAGAAUCGGUGUGUGUGUCCGGUGUGUUGCUGUCAUGUCAAUGAUUGUUGGUAGGCCUAUGCUUUCCCCUGAUGAUGUCCCUGACUGUGUGUGUGUGUGUGUGACCCUCAGGGUCGUCGCUCUCGCAGACAGAGGAGGGAGUUCAGAGAGAAGAGACUGAAGGGCAGACAGAUCAGCCCACCCAGGUAAAGAGCAGUUUAUACCAGGGUUGGGGUCAAUUCCAUUCCAUUUCAAUUCCAGUCAAUUCAGGAAGUACACAGAAAUUCCAAUUCGGUUCAAUGCUUUUCAAUUAGGAACAUUAAUAAUUUGAAUUUGGUUUGCUUUCUGAAUUUACUGGAAUGAAAUGGAAUUGACCCCAAACCUGAUUUUAUACCGUAUGGGGUAACUCACCUCAUCCACUACCAAUGUGUAGCACACACAUGGUAUGAGACACACUUUCACACCUCUUUAAACCCUUUCUCUGUUUAUGAUCUCCAGCUAUGCCAGGAGAGACAGCCCAACCUACGAUCCCUACAAACGGUGAGUGGGAGACCAACCGUUUAACUUUCUGUCAAAGUUUUUCACUUUAAAAGUCCAUCUAAUAUAUUUUGACAAGGAAAGUAAUGGCACAGUCAUGCUUUUGAUCAGUGCUAACAACUCAUGAUGAACUGCUUGCUCGUGAGGUUUGAGGUAACCUUUUAAUCAGUAGAGAUAACACUGAUGAUUCUCCCCUCCGGCAGCGGGGCAGGUAGCUUAGCGGUUAGAGCUAGGUUGAAUCCCUGAGCCGACUAGGUAGAAAUCUGCCCUUGUGCAAGGCACAUGAUGCGAAAUGCAUCAUACUGUGACACUUCCUGUAUUUUGAAAGUUCUGUAUCUUGAAAACUUGAUUGCUGGCAUGGAAAACAUUUUGGGGCUGUAUCAACAGUGGACUAAUUAAACAAAUACCAAACGUUUUUGAGUGGAAUUUUCCUUUUACCCCUAAUUGCUCCAGGGUCGCCGUCAAUAAUGGCUGAUCCCUGGCCUUGACCCCACUCUCCGAGGGUGUCUCAGGGGGAGUGGGAUAUGCAGAAAACACAUUUCCAUUUCAAACCACACACUUGUACAGAUUACACGCUUGUACAUGUGUGAAACAGGACAAAUAUAAGCACCCCUAUUUGAUUUGACCUCCUUUCUCUCACCCUCAGGCCCCAGUCUGAGUCCAGUUCGGAGUCGCGGUCCCGCUCCCGUUCCCCAGGCCCAGAGAAGAUCACCUUCAUCACCAGCUUCGGAGGCAGUGACGAGGAGGCUGCCGCGGCAACCCAAGCUCCACCCCCUGUCCACUCUGGCCACACCCCCGCCAACUCGCUGCACCACCCCGCAGGUCAUAGCAGGGGCUCCCGGUCGGUAGCUUUCCCCUUCCGCUUUCCAUUGGUUGUUUACUCCUGUCAGUCAUGUUGCUGUUCAUUGACUACAGCUGUAGAGAUUUGGGCUAUAGAGAUUUGGUAGGUGAAGUGGAGCUCAGAUUUAGGUUAGUUUGUUUGACCUGAAUAGCUUACAAUCCUAGUAGUGUGACAUUUUAGAGAUGCGUGUUAGUUUGUGCAUCCCAAACAGCAAAUUCUGCAUGUUUAUUCUGUGUUAUGGUAAAUCAAUGAGAUCCCAUGGAUCUUAACAUUAAAAGCUGCCCUAGACACCUUUUAGUACCACUCUUAAAGGCACCAUGAGGUAAGGGAAAGGUAUAUGGCAUGAACGCCAUGUGUCUAUGUUCAAUAUGGUUCACAAAGUAGCAGAAAUGCUUAAGUCCUGAGUUCUACCUGUGUGUGGUUACAUGAUAAUAUUACAAAAAACGUACAGUAGCAUUACUAGCAGCCCAACGAGAAAUUAAGUAGAUCAAACCAGAAAUAUAAACUGAGUCAAAGCAGACAGUAGGAUUAGAGCAGCCCGUGGGUCGUUGCUAAUACAUCUGUGUGUGUCUCUCUGUUCAGCAGACGCCGCUCUUCCUCCAGCCCUUCCUCCUCUUCCUCCCACUCUUCCACUCAUCGCUCCUCCUCUCGUUCCUCCUCUCACUCACGCCGCGACCGACGCCGCGGAGGAGGGAGGGACGGACGACAUUCCCGCUCCCGGUCGAGGCGGCGCUCCGACUCGAGGUCCCGGGGUAGAGGAGCCAACGGAGGAGGAGGAGGGGGGUCACGGAGGAGAUACGAUCGGACACAGUCCCGCUCCAAUGACCGAGACGGGGACAGGGACAGGGAGCGAGAACGGGACAGGGACGUGGGACGUCGCUUCACAGCACGCAGACGCACACGGUAAGGCAGCCCAGACAGCCAUAAGACUUUUCUAACCUUAUGAAAGCAAUGUCUUCUUUUUGUAUCUUAUCACUAAAAUAAACGUUUCGAUGUUGUGCUGAUCAUAUCCCUCUGCUCUCCUUCCAGGUCCCGCUCUAACUCUCGGCAGGGGGACCGUGCCAGGCCGGGGGGGGGUAGGCGGACUUCAGGAGGCCAUCGGAGGGGGGUCAGCAGCAGCCCUAGCCCCUCCCAGUCCCCCCAGCCCAGCUGCACCCCCUCCCCCUCACACAGAGGAGGCCCGCCCUCUGCCACUGCUCUCUGUGACAAGCUGAGAAAGUGAGCACACUGACACCUGCACGCUCACAGACACGCACGCAUAAACACACUAGAGGUCUUUCACAGUUUCAAGAAGUUGGACCUGUUCCGAAAUAGACCUGGGGCUUUCCCACCCGGACCCGAUAUGCAGAAAUACAAUUUCAAAUAUAAAGACCCGUUCCAAACAGACCCGAGAACAACUAAACCCGUUCCAUAUAGACCUGCUCGGAUCCAGACCCGGUCCGAACCGAGUGAGGGAAGCAGCAGAAAAGUAAAUUUUUAAGCUACUUUAUAAACCGGAGCUGAUAAAGCAAGAGCGGGAGAGAGGGGUAGCUCUCUAGAAGGGGCCGUGCUGUGUGUGUACUCUGAGCGAGUGACACAGGGAGGAGGGAUAGAGAGAUGAGUCAGCAAACAACCAAACCGAGGGAGGGAGGGACGGGAGACUGCAACGAACCAAGCCAACUUGCGUUAUAGUAGAUACAUGUAGCUGCCAUAGCUAGGUUAUUCAUCAUUCAAUAUGAUUACAAAUCAACAGUGGCGAUUUUAGCAUGCAAAUCUUGGUGUGGCACAGAAUUUUUGGGGGGGAUGCAUGCCAUCAAAGCCACUACACAACACUAAACAAUACAUGAAUUGCACUAUAACGGUGACAAACGGUGCCCACAAACUGUUAGGGCCUACAUAAAGCUGUCCCAACAGCAGUCCCAACACCUUACCACUGCUACACCUGGCUAUCAGCAAAUUAUUGUCUGGCAGCGAAUCAGUUCAUUCAGCCUCAUUUACUGCCUUUAAAAAACAAACAUAGCUGAUAUGGCUGACUUGCUUAAACAAAUGUGACUUGUACUGACAAUUGAGAUGUACAAACUAUGGCAAAAGGGGACUAUAACUAUUUGUUCAGCACUUUUGAAAUGUACAGCAAAGGAAUUCAGAACAUGGGCCGUUCUUACAGAGUUCUCCCUGUACACCAAGUCAGAACCAUAGGAUAAAUAAAGGGGGCAUAUAAGCAGACAAUGAAAGCUCUUACAAUAUUUGAUGAUUACAUUUCUCUAAAACAGGUUAUAGGCUACAUGUGCACCACCAAGUUAGAACAGUAGGCGAAAUUAAGAGGGGUAAAUAGACCAUAUUAUUAGGGUGAGGCACAUGGGCUACUAACAGCUUACUACACAACAUAUACUUAGUAUUAUUUACUUAGCUACAGUAUACAUAUCUCCCUGGCAUAUUACAUCAUUUAUGCAGCAGCAUACGAUACAUUUUUGGACUCACCUUGUGCUGUGCUCACUUGAACAGGAAGGUGGCAUGGCAGUCCUUUGUGGGCAAAUUUUGUCAUCAAACUUUGUCAUCAAAGUCUGGCAUUCUCUGGAUUUAUGGUGGGACCAAAUAUAGGACCAAACACACAUCACAACAAGAGAGACAACACAACACUACAUAAAGAGAGACCUAAGACAACAACAUAGCAUGGCAGCAACACACGACAACACAGCAAGGUAGCAACCCAACAUGAAACAACAUGGUAGCAACACAACAUGGCAGCAGCACAACAUGGUUGCAGCACUAGACAUGGUAUCAAACAUUAUUGGGCACAGACAACAGCACAAAGGGCCAAUGAGCACCGAUACGUUUUAUCUAUAAUUUCUCUUCAUUAUUUAUCUUCAUAUGACAAGGAUUAAAAAGGAUUUGCCAGUAGAUUGUCGACUUGAUUCAUGAGGAUGACUGGUAGCUAAGAUUUUGAAAGUAAUAUGUUGACAUGAUCAGUCCAAUCAAAGCUACUGUACAUAACGUGAUUUGACGUCAUUUUAUCUGUGGCCAAUGACCUUGCGUCUUCUUGGAAGAGCACUUCUAAUGUAACUCUAUGGCAGGACCCAAAGGGAUUACAUUUUGGAUGUCUACCCUUACUAAGGACUUAGACUUGGCAGUGACGUGGUGUCCCCAUGAGUGACAGAACACUGAGCCAAUCACGGCUUGCCCCACCACCACAGAAAGCACUGAGCUAGGCUAAAACACCUGCAUUUUGGAGCUGUCUUACUCAAGAAAACAAAAAAAGAGACCAUGAUUGUAUGCAGCUUUAUUAACUCAGUGAUUUUUAUAUUUUUGACAUUGUUUGAUAUGUGACACGUAUUAAUGCCAAAAUAACAUGCAAAACAGGCAAUCCCCCCCAAAACUAUGAAAUAACACAUAUGGAAUCAUGUAUUAACCAAAAAACUGUUAAACAAAUCCAAAUAUAUUUUAUAUUUGAGAUUCUUCAAAUAGCCACCAUUUGCCUUGAUGACAGCUUUGCACACUCUUGGCAUUCUCUCAACCAGCUUCACCUGGAAUGCUUUUCCAACAGUCUUGAAGGAGUUCCCACAUAUGCUGAGCACUUGUUGGCUGCUUUUCCUUCGGUCCGACUCAUCCCAAACCAUCUCAAUUUGGUUAAGGUCGGGGGAUUGUGGAGGCCAGGUCAUCUGAUGCAGCACUCCAUCACUCUCCUUCUUGGUAAAAUAGCCCUUACACCGCCUGGAGGUGUGCUGGGUCAUUGUCCUGUUGAAAAACUAAUGAUUGUACCACUAAGCCCAAACCAGAUGGGAUGGUGUUUCGCUGCAGAAUGUUGUCGUAGCCAUGCUGGUUAAGUGUGCCUUGAAUUCUAAAUAAAUCAGACAGUGUCACCAGCAAAGCACCCCCACACCAUAACACCUCCUCCAUGCUUUACGGUGGAAAAUACACAUGCAGAGGUCAUUCGUUCACCCACACCGUGUCUCACAAAGACACGGCAGUUGGAACCAAACAUCUCAAAUUUGGACUCCAGACCAAACAACAAAUUUCCACCGGUCUAAUGUCCAUUGCUUGUGUUUCGUGGCCCAAGCAGGUCUCUUCUUAUUAUUGGUGUCCUUUAGUAGUGGUUUCUUUGCAGAAAUUCGACCAUGAAGGCCUGAUUAACACAGUCUCCUCUGAACAGUUGAUGUUGAGAUGUGUCUGUUACUUGAACUCUGUGAAGCAUUUAUUUGGGCUGCAAUUUCUGAGGCUGGUAACUCUAAUGAACUUAUCCUCUGCAAUAGAGGUAACUCUGGGUCUUACUUUCCUGUGGCGGUCCUCAUGAGAGCCAGUUUCAUCAUAGCGUUUGAUGGUUUUUGCGACUGCACUUGAAGAAACUUUCAAAGGUCUUGAAAUGUUCCGUAUUGACUGACCUUCAUGUCUUAAAGUAAUGAUGGACUGUCGUUUCUCUUUGCUUAUUUGAGCUGUUCUUGGCUCAAACGCAUUAAGAAGGAAAUAAAUGCAUUCCAGGUGACUACCUCAUGAAGCUGGUUGAGAGAAUGCCAAAAGUGUGUAAAGCUGUCAUCAGGCAAAGGGUGGCUAUUUGAAGAAUCUCAAAUAUAAAAUAUAUUUUGAUUUGUUUAACACUUUUUUGGUUACUACAUGAUUCCAUAUGUGUUAUUUCAUAGUUGUGACUUCUUCACUAUUAUUCGACAAUGUAGAAAAUAUUAAAAAUAAAGAAAAACCCUUGAAUAAGUAGGUGUUCUAAAACUUUUGACCGGUAGUUUGUGUAUAUUAUUUUAUUUGUUUUUUUAUUGUAUUUAUUUUGCUAAAAAUGUGGGGCUCAAAACAGGUGGGGCAAAUCAAAUGUUAUUUGUCACAUGUUUUGUAAACAACAGGUGUUGACUAACAGUGAAAUGCUUACUUUACGUCAUACCUGUCUUGACUGCAUUAAACUGGGAGAAACUAGUUAAGCUAGCUAGCUUUCUAGGCUAAUUGAGGCUGCAUGCGCUUUCUCGUCCUACACAGUUCCAAAUAACAACUCCAUUCAGAUUAUUAGAUAGCAGCCUACCUGUUGGCUCUUGGUCGUUGUCGCCUAUCCUUCUCCUUUAACUUUUAAUUCCAUCGUUUUAAUUCCAUCUUCCAUUGAUUAGAUAUCUCCUCACUUUUGCCACACUCUGAGGCUCUAUGACUGUAGCCUAUUGCCUCUUUGAUGACUUACGAUUGGCCAACGACAAGCUACACGUACCACUCUCGUGAAAAGCAAGGGCAGCAGCAUAAAUGAUCCAAUUUCUCUCCCUACUGCAGCAGUCGUGUUUGGAUCUGUACGGGUCCUUCCAGACAAGUCAGUUAAAAUUACACAUACCCGAGACCCGUGAAAAUCAGAUCCCACCCAGACCCGUGAUAUUUAGAAUUCUGGAUCUGGAUCCGAAACCGCUCGGGUCCCGGAUUGGGUCUCUGGUAAUCGGGUACAGGUAGAUCCGUGUAGACCUCUAAAACACACACAUUAACACGGACUCACAAAUAUGUACAUACACACACACAGCCUUCACCCUCACAUGCAGUUUUAAACAAACAGCAGCAAUGGGUAGCUAAUAUUUGCCCUAGUCUGUCCUACAGUAGGAGCUCUCUGAUGAGAAAUUGUGACCUUUUCAGCCCUACUUUUCUCCCUCCCUCUCUCUCUCUUUUUCUCAUUUUCUCCCUCCCUCUCUCUCUCUCCCUCUCUCUUUCUCUCCCUCCAGGCCUGAUACUCCGGGUGGUAAAGAGACGGGAGCUGCCAAAGUCAGUAAGAAUUUGAUCUAGCUGGGUUUGUUGCUAAAGUCUACGCCUCCCUCACCCCUGACAGGCUGAGCUGAUUGUCCAUCAGGCCGGGGAUCCCGCCCCCUGAAUGCCACUGUGCACACAGAUAAUGGAAAUCAUAUGAAAUGUCUUUUGACUGCCUCUCUCUGUGGAGCUCCCUUUUUAACUGGUGACAUUACCUCCCCCCAGAAUGCAGUGUAGAGUUAAACCCUUCUCUACUCUGUUUAGAGUGUGGUUACAGGGUUAGCCUGCCUCCAAAGGGCAGAACCUACAUUGCAGUGUUGUGUGACAGAUACUUUUUCUGACUCAUCUUUCCCCUCCUUAUCCCUGAAUGGACUGGUGUUCCCAGCACCCUUUCUGUCACUUAUGUAUCUGUCUGUUUUAUGGAUGGUGCAGUAUUCUGCGGCACCUACCGAGCUAUGCAGAGUGGUGCGGCAGACCGGAGAGAGAGAGUGUGUGUGUUAGCAGAGGUGUGAGUGUCCCUCAAUCUCAAUGCUGAGACAUUUCACUCUACAGAUAGACAACCCAUUGUAAAGCUAGUGCCCUAAGACUGAGGGGAAAGCACUGAUAUGUAAUUGUCAGAGGCUCUUAAAUGGCUUCCUUGCCUUGUCUCCUCUCUUCCCUCACCACUGAUCUGAAAGGACUGGGUAAGUGAAAGCAAAGUAGUAAAGGAAGCCAUAUAUAGAGAGAGAGAGUAGUCUAGAGUCUGGGUGCGUUCCAAUGGUCUUAAGUGGCUUCCUCUCCUCGUCCCCAUUCUUUCAUCUCCACUGACAGUAAAGAACUAGAUAUGUAAAGGCAAAGUACUGGUAGGCAUACUCUAUAUUAUUUUACAGAUCAGCUAAAGUGAAGGAGACUCUGGAGAGGAGGCCAUUUCAGGCUGUUAAUUACACACCUGCUAUGUAGUGAGGUCGGAGCUCUCGGAUGCAUGCAGCUGGUGUGGACAGCAGAGCUGUGAGGGGGCCUGGGCUUGUCUGAGCAGGCAGGAGAAAUACACCGCCACACCUCUCCACCUAGGACUAACACUGUUACCUGCUGCUUUCCCCUUAGAGACACGCCACUAGACGUUCAUAGCAACCGCUCCAGUACAGGGGAUUCACAGGGAAAGGGAUGUAUCAGAGUUGCUGAAUAGAAAGAGAGCGCUAGAGGGAGGGUAAAUUAACACUGUAGGCAUUUUGGCCUGUAGUAUGUGCUUGUCUAUCCACGAGCUGAAUUCCUACCUGGCCAGGGAGUGUCAGCAGGAAUGUACAGAGGCGGGGAGGGCCGCUAGCGCUACUUGUGACCAAAAUUGACUGUGUUCUUUCCCUGUUCAACUCUCUUACCCUCUUACCCUUAGCUGUCCUCGCAACAUUCACAUGUAUGUACAUGGAAAUACAUAAGAGAUAUAUACUUAGAGUCCAGUUCCAUGUAAUGUGAUCCUGUCCUGCUACUGUGUACAACAGCUGCAGGCAGCGGGCACAGAGUUCGCCUCUCCUCGCCGCACGUAGCUGUCUCUACCAGUCCAGCAGAGAACAGGACAGGACAGGACAAACAGCUCACAUGAUUUACGACUGUAUACCCCCACCUGACUAACCGUCGCCUUACCAGCUGCUAUAUGGGGCAAUGCUGGUCCUAUAGGCGCCCCUGUCCCCAUAGUUCCACACAUACACCCUGCGCUCCUGCCCUGCGAGUGUGUGUGCUGAUGCGUGGUUGUCUCUUACAGCCCAAGAUGACCCCGCAGGAGAAGCUGAAGAUACGUAUGCAGAAGGCCCUCAACAGGCAGUGUGAGUAGACUGACUGGACUCUGUUUGGUCAGUCUCAGUUACAACUCAUUUAUGCUGUGUUUGUAUGUACAUAUUCAUCCUUCCUCUGCUCUUUCGCUCCCUCAGCCAAGGCGGAUAAGAAAGCAGCCCAGGCGAAAGUCACUCAGCAGGAAAAUAAGCGAGCGGUGCGUGUGUGGAAUCGUGUUUGUGAACUGCUAGCCAGCUCCCCAUUAUAGCAUAAUGUGUGAAGUUUCCUCUAGAAACAGACAGUGUCCCCCCCUAAGACAGUCCUUUGAUCUAUGUUGUCGUCUGCCAUUGGCCCUCAUGGCUGUGUGUUUACUUUGCAGGAGCGCGAGGGAGAGCUCAGAGCCAUGGCACGCAAGAUCCGCAUGAAGUAAGACUGUGUGACCGUGUGUGUCAUGUAACAGUGUGUGUGUGACGCUGCGUUGUGGCGCUGUAUGACUGUGGUUAAACGGUGGUGUGUGUGUGUUCCAGGGAGCGUGAGCGUCGGGAGAAAGAGAGGGACGAGUGGGAGAGACAGUACGGACGACAAAGCCACUCGCCCUCCCCAUCUAAAUAUGGUGAGUUCAGUGAGUCUCCCCUUACUGUUAUAUCAUUGUUAAAUCCAUGACGGGAAGUGUUCAAUUGCACACUUUGGGAAAAGGGUGUAGAAUUGGGAUGUAGCCCAUAAGCGUGUGACAGUGGCUCAGUACUAGUUGUCAAUCAAAUUUGAUUUGUCACAUGCGGCGAAUACAACAGGUGUAGACUUUACUGUGAAAUGCUUACUUACGAGCACUUUCCCAGCAAUUUAGAGUUAAAAGGUAAGAAAAUUAGCAAAUAAAUAGGGAGGUUGUUUUGGGGGGGGGGGGGGGGGGGGGGGGGGUCACUGUGUGACACAGUGGCUCAGUACUAGUUAUGACAGUGUUGUUGUUAUUGAACUUUCUGGCAGGCUGUUGUGUUGGUCUUUCAUCAGAGUAUCUGUCCUCUGUCUGUCCCUCAGGUCGCGACCACAGCUCAUCCAGAAGGUAUGUGAGCAACCACAAGAAUGUCCACUGUUGAGGAAGGAUGUUGACUCUCACUCACACACAUUAUCUCAGUAGUGCAUCAUACUCUCCCUCUGCAUUCUGUCACAACUCUUUCUCACACUGUAAUGGGGAAAUGGAAGAUCACUGUAGUUCAUAUUCAGUUUAGAGUGAUUAACACAAUGUUUAGCAUGUGUAUAUAUUUUCCCUUGAUUUCCAGUGUUCUAUUUAUGACACACAUGACAUACUCUCUUUGUUCCUUUCUCGCUCGCCCUCUCACACACUUCUAUUCAAAUGUGUUCUCUCUCCCUCACACUUGCAUUCAAACUCUUUGUCCCAAUCAAAAACAUGAAUACUCUCACAGAGGGCUGUCAGUGCUGAUGUUAGGCCCCCUCGUCCUUAGUCCUCCCUAGGGAUUGUGGGGCCUGCAGUGUGCCUGCCAGGCCGGCUGUGGUAAUGGGAGUGGGGACACGCUGAACCCUGAGUCUCAGUACAUCAGAAACAGAUGAGGCUUAACACUGUCAGUCUCAAUACUCUACAGCAGUGCUGCACUUAGACCAUGUGUGCUCGACAGACCAAUGGUAGAUGGUAGUUUAGUCAAAUAUGAUACAAGCUAGCAAGUACCAGCAAAUACUGGAGGGCAACUGUUUACACCAGGAAGUAUCCAAAUGUUGUAAAGAAAGUGAUGUCUUGUGUAAUAAUAUGGCAUGUCAUGUUGGGGGUAGUGAAUAUACUGUGGGGUCCAAACGUAGCACUGUGUUACCUGAGACUCACUCACACUCUUUUCUCGGGUUUCCAGGAGGUCCCGUUCCCGGUCGAGGAGUCCAUAUUACCGAUACUAAACAUACCGUUUGGACCCACCAACUCCCACACCCUCCUCACCCCCUCCUCUGCCUACUCUUCCAGUGAAGAGAUGAGAGAAAAGGAGAGAAGUGAGGGACAAUGUCCUGAAUGGAAGAGGAGUGGGAGAGCGAGACUGAAUGAGAGUGAGGUAGAGAUAGAUUGGGAGAUGGAGAGAGGAAAAUGGAAGAAC